AUGCGUGUUUUCAAGGCCUUACGGAUAGGAAGGAGGUCGAUAAAAAGUGAGGAGAAGGGCAAGCAGCAUAUCAGUAUCCCGCAGAAAACCGAUGUUGCGAUUGUUCCCCCCAAAAAGGUUAUUCGUGCCCUUCACGAUUACACGGCGCAAGACAAGGAGAGAGAACUCAGUUUUUCUAAAGGCGACUUUUUCCAUGUCAUUGGGCGCGAAAAUGAUACAGAUUGGUACGAGGCGUGUAACCCCGCUCUGCCUCUCGCCCGGGGUCUGGUCCCCGUAAGCUACUUCCAAGCACUGGGGCGCAACGAGCGCGACAGCGGCCAGUCUCAGCCUGAUAGCUCGCUGUCCGCGAAACACCCCGACCAUGAUUCGGGUUAUGGCGAAGCGCCAACCACAUCCCCGCCUGUAUCUGCUGGACAUCGGAACUCGAAGUCAGGCGGCAGGUCGGGAGCUAUGGUCUACGGCGUCGUCAUUUACGAUUUCCAUGCGGAACGGGGCGACGAGCUGGAUGCUAAAGCGGGCGAAGCCAUCAUUGUGAUUGCGCAAUCCAACCCCGAGUGGUUUGUAGCAAAGCCUAUUGGGAGGCUCGGGGGUCCCGGUCUUAUUCCCGUUUCCUUCAUCGAAAUCCGCGAUAUGGCGUCUAACACACCCGUCGCGAACCCCCAUGAAGCGGUGCGGAAAGCGGGCAUACCGAAGGUGGAGGAGUGGAAAAAAAUGGCCGCGGACUACAAGAACUCCAGCAUCACCCUGGGAAAAUUUGAGACUGGCGCCCAACCGCAGUCCAUGGAGCAGGGAAUGGAACGCAUGAGCAUCCAGCAAUCCAACGGGCGUGCUAGCUUGGGGCCGGGUGCCAACGCGCAAACUCAACAGCAAGCGUACAAUGUACAAACCCCGGUCCCGCAAGAUCAGCCGUCUAACUCGCCAGGUUCACAACUGCUUGCGCCCGUCUCCGCUCGGAUUCCCAGGUAUUGUUUCGCCGAGGACAAGUACUGGUUCGUUAUCGAGGCUGAGCUCGAGGAUGGCCGGACAUGGGAACUGGCACGAUACUACGAAGACUUCUACGACUUCCAAAUCGCUCUCCUGACUGAAUUUCCAGACGAAGCCGGGACCUCUGGGAUGAAUCAACGGACACUUCCCUACAUGCCCGGCCCCGUUAAUUACGUGACCGACGCCAUCACAGAGGGACGUCGGCACAACCUUGACGGGUACGUCAAGAACCUUCUUGCGCAACCUCCAUAUAUCGCCCGGUGCAACCUAGUCAAGCAGUUUUUUGCCCCGAGGGAGGGCGAUUAUGAAAUUGACCCAACUGCGCUCGAGGAUGAGUACCGUCUGUCAGCUGGACCCCGACCUGACUCACCCGGUGAGGGUACCUCCCGCCAAUCCUCUCAACCAGGCUACGGCGGCCUUCCGACCGGACGCCAGCCUGGCCACAACCAGCAGCAACCGCAGCAACAGCCGCAGCAGCAACCAGCCAUGUCCCGCCAAGUCUCCUCUCUCUCCCAGCCCUCGCAGAGCUCUCUCUCGCCUGGAAUCCAGACAUUGGGCUCGACGAUGAAGGUUAAACUGAGCUUCAACGGUGAUAUUAUCGCGAUCAAAGUACCGGCAGACGUGUCGUUCGAGACCCUCUACGACAAAGUCGUUGACCGGCUCAAGAUCCCUCCAGGCGAAGAGCCCCAGCUUAGCUACAAGGACGAAGCGACAGGGGAUAAGCCGCCGUUGAUGAGCAAUAACGAUUUAGAUCUGGCGCUGCAAAGGAACGAGAAGCUGCUGUUGUAUGUGGAAUAA